AUGAUAUUUUGUCGAGUUCCAUACCUUCUACUCACCAAUGUUGAUCCAACUAAGGCAACACUGUGUAUUCGGUUUAAUUUGUGUGAGAUACCAGCUGAAACGAGAAAAUCUAAAAUGAAGUUCACAGUUUUCAAAUUUUUUUGCUUUGGGGCGUUUUUGUCCGAGGUGCUAGGAACGAAGAAUCUGUGGGAUAACACAACAUCUCAGCUGAAAAAAUGCCCAGAGAGUCAAUGCCUGUCAUGCAGUGAAUUUUCGCCCCAAAACAAUAGCGACAGAUUGAAAGUUUUGGAAGACGAGGUCGAAAAACUUAAAGGUUUACUCCAGAAGGCAGGAAAACCUAACGGCUUCGCCUUGCUCGACAGUACCGGUCAUCUGCCCCAGAAACUCCUCGUGGCAGGUUACGACAAGUACUCCAUGUACGACAUGGGGUGGCAGGCUCUUCAUAUGGCGGCUGCCGCUGCCUGCAGGGGGAGCACAAGCUCAGGGGGAAGUGGUUGUUGUGGCAACGCUGUUCUCGUACGAAACACGGCUAACAGGAAGAGCUGCACUCAGAUCUGUGGUCAGACUUCAUAUAAAAACUGUGAUGCAGAGGUGUCCAUUCAUGGCAAAACAGGAAAAGCCACUAAGGCUGGUGAAAGGAUUGGGGCUUUCUACAACUAUAGCUGUAGUCACUCGUCUAACGGAGGGAGUGAAGUGUCAGGCUCCACUACUGAUAUCAAUCGCUUUCCUAAAGGUUACCCCUACUACAGCUUUUGCUGUUGCCGAAAGUAGAAUAAAACGGUAAAUCAGAAAAAGAAACGUCUUUCCCAGAUUUUAGUUUCUCUCAAAAAUAAUUGAGUUUCAGUGUGCGAAAUGCAUUUGUAGUAUUUUCAAUAAAAAGACGUUAAUCAGUUCUGUUUUA